GGGCUGAGAGGGAGGCGGAGAGGAGGAGGAGGGCGAAGAUGGCGGCGCCGCCGCCGCGUCGCUCCCAGCACCACCACCACCAUCACCACCACCACCCGCCGCCGCCGCCGCCCGGGCCGGCCUCGCCGCCGCCGCCGCCCGCCGCCGCCGCCUCGCCGCCGCGCAGCCCCAGCCUGGCGCCCGCCGAGUUCGCCGCCGCCGCCGCGCAGCGCCACAGCCUGGCCGGCCCCGAGGGCGAGGCGCCCGCCGAGGCCGAGCGGCCUGCGGUCCCGGAGAGCGCGGAGGGCGCGGGCGGCGCCGCGCCGGCCCCGCCGUCGGGCUCGGCCAGCAGCUCCUCGGCCUCGGCGUCCUCCUCCUCCGUCUCCUCCGCCUCGUCGGCGUCGUCGUCGGCCGCGUCGAGCCCGGCGGCGGAGAGCCCCGAGGCGGCGGCGCCGGGAGCGGCGAGCGGCGCCUUCCGCGAGCUGCUGGAGGCCUGCCGCAACGGGGACGUGGCGCGCGUCAAGCGCCUGGUGGACACGGGCAACGUGAACGCCAAGGACAUGGCCGGCCGCAAGUCCACGCCGCUCCACUUCGCCGCCGGUUUUGGAAGGAAAGACGUUGUAGAGCACUUGCUACAGACCGGAGCCAAUGUUCACGCUCGUGAUGAUGGAGGGCUGAUACCCCUUCACAACGCCUGCUCUUUUGGUCAUGCUGAAGUGGUUAGUCUGUUGCUGUGUCAAGGGGCAGACCCAAACGCCCGAGACAACUGGAACUACACUCCUCUGCAUGAAGCUGCCAUCAAGGGGAAGAUAGAUGUGUGUAUUGUGCUGCUGCAGCACGGAGCCGAUCCAAACAUUCGGAACACCGAUGGGAAAUCUGCGCUGGAUCUGGCAGACCCUUCAGCAAAAGCUGUGCUCACAGGUGAAUACAAGAAGGACGAACUCCUGGAAGCUGCUAGGAGCGGUAAUGAAGAAAAACUGAUGGCUUUAUUGACUCCUUUAAAUGUGAACUGCCAUGCAAGUGAUGGGCGUAAAUCCACUCCUUUGCACCUAGCAGCAGGUUAUAACAGAGUUCGAAUAGUCCAACUUCUGCUUCAGCACGGGGCGGAUGUUCACGCAAAGGACAAGGGUGGUCUUGUGCCUCUCCACAACGCCUGUUCAUAUGGACACUAUGAAGUUACAGAGUUGCUACUUAAGCACGGAGCCUGCGUUAAUGCGAUGGACCUCUGGCAGUUUACCCCCUUGCAUGAGGCCGCGUCCAAGAACCGCGUCGAGGUCUGCUCCCUGCUCCUGAGUCACGGCGCGGAUCCCACCUUGGUCAACUGCCACGGCAAGAGCGCGGUCGAUAUGGCUCCGACGCCGGAGCUACGGGAGAGGCUAACCUAUGAAUUCAAAGGACAUUCUUUACUACAAGCAGCCAGGGAGGCAGACCUAGCCAAAGUGAAAAAGACGCUCGCUUUGGAGAUCAUUAAUUUUAAGCAGCCACAGUCACAUGAAACUGCACUGCACUGUGCCGUGGCUGCUGUGCAUCCCAAACGGAAGCAAGUUACAGAACUAUUGCUCAGGAAAGGAGCAAAUGUUAAUGAGAAAAACAAAGACUUCAUGACACCUUUGCAUGUUGCCGCUGAAAAAGCUCAUAAUGAUGUCAUGGAAGUGCUGCAUAAACAUGGAGCAAAGAUGAAUGCACUGGACACCCUUGGUCAAACAGCAUUGCACAGGGCUGCUUUAGCAGGUCACUUGCAAACCUGCCGGCUGCUGCUGAAUUAUGGCUCAGAUCCUUCCAUCAUCUCUUUGCAAGGCUUCACAGCGGCGCAGAUGGGAAACGAAGCAGUGCAGCAGAUUCUGAGUGAAAGUACACCUGUGCGCACAUCUGAUGUGGAUUAUCGGUUGUUAGAAGCAUCCAAAGCUGGAGACUUGGAAACUGUGAAGCAACUUUGCAGCCCUCAGAAUGUGAACUGUAGAGAUUUGGAAGGCCGUCACUCGACGCCACUGCACUUUGCCGCAGGCUAUAACCGCGUGUCAGUGGUGGAGUAUCUGUUGCACCACGGGGCUGAUGUGCACGCCAAAGAUAAAGGUGGCUUAGUACCCCUGCACAACGCCUGUUCUUAUGGACACUACGAGGUGGCUGAGCUGUUAGUGAGGCACGGCGCUUCUGUCAACGUAGCAGACCUCUGGAAAUUCACUCCUCUGCAUGAAGCAGCAGCAAAAGGAAAAUAUGAAAUCUGCAAGCUGCUUUUAAAACACGGAGCCGAUCCUACAAAAAAAAAUCGAGAUGGGAACACUCCUCUAGACUUGGUGAAAGAAGGAGACACGGACAUCCAGGACUUGCUGCGGGGAGAUGCUGCCUUGCUAGAUGCUGCCAAGAAGGGGUGCCUGGCACGAGUGCAGAAGCUGUGCACUCAAGAAAACAUCAAUUGCAGAGACACCCAGGGAAGAAAUUCAACACCGCUUCAUCUGGCAGCUGGCUACAACAAUUUGGAAGUAGCUGAAUACCUUCUGGAGCAUGGUGCUGAUGUUAACGCCCAGGACAAAGGAGGAUUAAUCCCCCUUCACAACGCGGCAUCUUAUGGGCAUGUGGACAUUGCGGCAUUGUUGAUCAAAUACAACACGUGUGUAAAUGCAACAGAUAAAUGGGCCUUCACACCAUUGCAUGAGGCAGCGCAGAAAGGAAGGACACAGCUCUGUGCUCUGCUGUUAGCACACGGAGCGGAUCCGACCAUGAAGAAUCAAGAGGGUCAGACACCUCUAGACCUGGCAACAGCCGACGAUAUCCGAGCUUUGCUGAUAGAUGCGAUGCCUCCGGAAGCUUUGCCUACGUGCUUUAAGCCUCAGGCUACCGUCGUUAGUGCCUCCCUCAUCUCGCCAGCGUCUACGCCGUCCUGCCUCUCCGCUGCCAGCAGCAUAGAUAACCUCACGGGGCCUCUGGCAGAACUAGCGGUAGGAGGGGCGUCGAAUGCUGGCGAUGGAGCGGCAGGAACCGAAAGGAAGGAAGCAGAAGUUGCUGGUCUUGACAUGAACAUUACCCAGUUCCUGAAAAGCCUCGGUCUGGAACAUCUCCGGGACAUCUUUGAAACAGAACAAAUAACCCUGGACGUGUUGGCAGACAUGGGGCACGAGGAGCUGAAAGAAAUUGGCAUUAAUGCUUACGGACACCGUCACAAGUUAAUAAAAGGCGUGGAGAGGCUUCUAGGAGGGCAGCAAGGCACCAAUCCUUAUUUGACUUUCCACUGCGUGAGUCAGGGGACCAUUCUCCUUGACCUUGCUCCUGAUGAUAAGGAGUAUCAGUCCGUCGAAGAGGAGAUGCAAAGUACAAUCCGGGAGCACAGGGAUGGUGGAAAUGCCGGUGGCAUCUUCAACAGGUACAAUGUCAUCAGGAUUCAAAAGGUUGUGAACAAGAAGCUGCGGGAGAGAUUCUGCCACAGGCAGAAGGAGGUUUCGGAAGAGAAUCAUAAUCAUCACAACGAGCGCAUGUUGUUUCAUGGCUCUCCUUUUAUUAAUGCCAUCAUUCACAAGGGGUUUGAUGAAAGACAUGCAUACAUUGGAGGAAUGUUUGGAGCUGGAAUUUACUUUGCCGAGAACUCCUCGAAAAGCAACCAGUAUGUGUAUGGGAUAGGGGGAGGGACAGGCUGUCCCACGCACAAAGACAGGUCCUGUUACAUCUGCCACAGGCAAAUGCUUUUCUGCAGAGUGACCCUUGGAAAAUCCUUUCUGCAGUUCAGUACAAUGAAAAUGGCCCACGCCCCUCCGGGGCACCAUUCUGUCAUCGGCAGGCCAAGUGUGAACGGACUUGCGUACGCCGAAUAUGUUAUCUACAGAGGAGAGCAGGCAUACCCAGAAUAUCUCAUUACGUACCAGAUUGUGAAACCAGAAGCUCCCUCACAGACAGCAACAGCAGCAGAGCAAAAGACCUAGUAACUACAGGGCAGUGCAGAGGGAUGUGACUUCAAUCUUGGACUGGAUGGAUGUGUGUUUCAGAAAAUCAGUAUCCUAUAAAAUUCCUAAAAACCUGGAAAUAAGCUGUAUGUCUUUUAUAAAGCAUUGCUCCCUUGAUGAAUACUAUGAGUAACUCUUGCAUACUCAGUGGCUACUGUUCCUUUUGAGGAAAGUUUACAAGGGACUGCCUUUUAAUAACAUAUCUCAGGCUCUUACUCUCUGCAGUUACCAUGUGUAGAACAACAGUGCUUUGAUCUAGAUUUUGGGAACGUUAUUGUGCAAACACAAAUCUUUAUCAAUGCCAUCUCGCACGUUAAAAUUUCAGACACUACUGGUCCGGUUAUUUUAUUUGCAGAUAAGUAGCAUUAUACCUUUCCAUUUUCUUUUCAGCAUGCACCAUUCAUUUUAUGUUUUCGAGAGAUCCUAGUCAACUAUUUAUUCUCCUUUUGUAUUCUGAAGUUGAGCCAGAACCUUCUUAAAGAUAUUUUGCACAAAGUCAAGUUGACUAAAAUUGUUAACAAUGCAAUAUGAGUUUCAUCUGAGAAGGGGCUAGGUCCAGUUCUUCAGUAUAGGGGUUUUUUUGCACACCUCUGAGCGAGCGAUACUAAGAGCGUAACUUCAGAGCGGAAACGAACCUGCCGGUCGGCUGCUUUGUCUCUGAGUUUUCUGGGGGAAAGCCCUGGGAAGUGUUCGCAACCGUAAAACCGGCUCUCGUGCUUGGAAAAACUUAUAAAGCAGGUCAAUGCCCUCUGCUGGCAUCUCUAAAUGAGCAUUUUAUGAGGCUCCUGGUAGGUACCCGCAGUUUGUUCUCCGGUAACUGAGGCAUGUGCUUUAGCUGGAAGGAAGCUGGUGGAAAAUCGGAAGACUGCAUACGCAAAGGUGUAUCUGGGUCCCGCUACUCUGUAACGUGAGAGCCGGCAAACGGGCCUCAGACCGGUAAGGGAGAGCAUGUUACGGUGGUUUCGUGUCACAUCUUCAAUGUAUGACACACAGUUGAAGAGUUGGAGUGAUUCACAAGAAUAAUAAUUUUUAAAAACUCUUACGUUUUGAUGGAAACAAACUUUUUUUUUUUUUUUCUUUAAUGGUUCUGGAGUGCAUCUGUUUGCAGGUGUACCAGCGAACAAAGCUAGGAUUUAUUCACCUUACUCCCCUUCCCUGCAAGGCCCUAAGUUUAUUUUGUUGAGGAGGAGAGAAUUGUUUUUAAGUAAGUGUUGCGUUGCACCGCGUCAAACAAUGUCAGAAGUCGCCCGUAUGGAAGAUAUACCAAAAGUAGAAAUUGUUUUCCUUUCUGAAUUGUUUUUACAACCUCAAGAGAAGAGAAGAAGGUUGAAAAUAAAGCUGUGUCAAGAUUUCUUUUAAACUGCCAACACUACAAGAUGUACUUCGCUGUUCAGCCUGUAACAACUGGAGGAAAAAGACGUUCCCUUGAGCAGACUGUACAUUUUCCUAGCAACCAGCAGUGUUAAGCAGCUGAUGAUCCAAUUUGUGCUUUCGGUUUUUGUCCCUCGGAAGCGAGGAAACAACAGAGUAGUGCUGCUUGUCGUUUAUAAAAAUAUUUGGUCCCUGCAAGUGGGAUUUGUUUGGACAAAACCGACGGAAGGUCUGGACAGAACGAACCAACCUGAAGAGCUUUUCAUUUUGAGCGUUAAGACGUUGAUGUUGAAACGAAUUAUUCUCAGAGAGGAGUUUCACCAACUGUGAAAUCAGUCAUUUGAUGCAAACUGGCUUACCUGCACAUUAUCUGCCUGUAAUAUCUCUAAAGGAAACCUUAGAAACAGCAAUACUCCAACAGAUCUUGAACUCUGGGUUUUGUUUUUCUCGAGCUGGCACCGAACGUAAGAUUCUGUUUUGUGACCUGAUUGAAUAUGUAGCUUCGAAGUCCAAGCCAGGCUUUAGCCUAGUUGUCCUUUUAAUCAAAUUUCAUGGAUAAAAUUGGGUGCUUGUAUUUUGGCUACUUGUUUAAUAGUUUUAGGGUUGCAAGGAUCAUCACUAGGCUUUGAAAUUUUGUAUUCCUCGCUGAAGUUUGGGGUUGGUUUUUAAUUUAGUUAAUAACAGAGUGUGUGUUUGGGGUGGGGGGGAGCGUGCCUCUCUCCCCUAGAGUUCCAGAUAGCCGUGAAAGUGAGCGUUACUCGCCGUCCCCGUUAGACAUAGUUUUAAACGGUAAAACGGCUGGCAUGGGCGCGCAGGCCGAGCAGCGUUGCGUCUUCCAGAAAGGAAGGGCAAACCCUAAAAACGACGCUCCCACCCCGAGCCGGUGCCGGCAUCUCUUGACGCGGGUUGUUUUCCACGUGCGCCGGCCCACCUGGUGGCCGGUCUGGAUUUCUUCUGGAGCCCCCGAACUGCUGGAGGAUACGGAUACUGUCCGGUAGCUUUGACGUGCCAGCGUUAACGUGCCCGAUGUUCAGCGUGGCCGAGAAGCCCCCGCCGGGCGUAGCGCGUGCCGCUGCUAUCAUAAGUCUCUCCGCGGUUGCGUCCGAGCGAGGACCUGCCUGUCGGCAGCCAGGUUGCCCGCGGACGAGCCGGGCGAGCUGCCGCGGCACAGCUGUAGCCGACGGAGGCAACCUGCGGCCUCCUGAUGGUGGAGGACAGGACGCCUGAACGCGGGUCGCCCAAGCGGGCUGAACCCGCUGGGAAAAGGGAACGGUUGUCUUUCAAGGCCUGGUGGCUUCUCCUCAGUGGCAGCACGUGAGACCUCCGUGCAGUUUGCAGCAGGGCCUCAACAGGCAAAACCGGAGGGAAACUUCACCGCGUAGCGAAGGGCGCGGGAGGGUCCGGCUCUCCGCAGCCAAAACUUGUUUCGGGGAGACGGAUGGAUGAGGUACCCGGUGGAGAGCGACGUUGCGGUCUGAGGCCGUCAGCAAAGCUUCCGCUAGCAUUAAAAAUGGGAAGGGUCCAGCACCUCAGCGAGGCGCGUCUCGCCGUCUCAUCUUUGUUCUUAUCUGCCGAUCUGCUUUGAUCCCAGCUCCGUGGAGACUGUUACGAGCAUCCCGUGCUGGUGACAGCGCUUUGCAGCCACCGUUGCGCUGAAGUCCCAGGAACAAGUGUUGGGUUUUCCUAACCUCUCUCCCUUCCCAGCAUUCGCACGUGAUGCGGAAAGGGCCCACGGUGUCCAAAGCUGCACCUUCCUCAGGCCGAGAAACCUGCCCAUCCUGCUCUUGGUGGCAGCAAGAGGUGGAGGAGUUGAGGGAUGCUGGUGCAUCACGCCGGCGGGCACACGGUGCCCCGGAUUCCCGGGAAUCUGAGCGCCUGGCGGGCGCAAAACCCGACCCCUUGUGAUAGAUCUGUCUCUGUGUUACUGAACCCGUUGGUGGCAAGUUGUAGUGGUGGUGCCGUUAAUUACUGACGUAGUUUGCUUAGGCUCUCUGUAUUCCGAGGUUAACGUUGACAGUGUCUCUUCCUAACACCUGCAGAACUCGCUUCAGCUUGGGAAAUCGCAGCAGGGACUUUGCUGUGCCCCAGUCGCGUGAGCUUGUGCGCCUCCGUUUCUCAUUGCUCUCUCUGCCAGCCCAAGGGCAACGUACUGGAGUUGGAGGGCUUAGAUUUUUUUUUCCUCUCCUUUUUUUUUGGGGGGGGGGAGGGGGGAUGUAACUUGUCUUCAUAACUCGGCCUGUGCGUUUCCUCUCUUGGUUGCCCCUUACCUGCAGCUGGGGUUAUCGUUUAUUUAUUUCCUCCUCUGCCCCCUCCCUAAAAGAGGAUGGGCAGGUUCUCAACCUCCCUACACAACGGGCUUUAGGUGACAUCUCUGUAACAGCUGGAUUUGAUCUCUCAAUGUGCUUGGCUAAAUGUCUGAUCUGCAAUACUUGUAAUAGUUUAAAAUUCAAUAAAUACAUUUUUAACAGUU